AGGGUGCUUGCAGUCUGAUAACACACUCAACCACAGAUGGUUGAGCAAGGCUGCAAGAGAGUGAGGGAGCAAAAGCGGGUGCAGAGACAGACAGAAAGAGAGAGACAGGAGAAGAGAGGGAGGGAGAGUAUAAGAAAGAGUGUGGGAGGCAUCCGUCUCUCUGGCAGUAUUGCCAAAGCAACGGAGAGAAGAGGAGAGAGGAGAUAGUACAGGGUCUAUGAACGCCAAGAAAUCUUCUGCCUGCUGUUUACUUUGGACUCCGGGGACGGAUGGAUGCUCACGCUCAUAACAUGCCGGCAUAAUUGAGCUGCUGCUGCAACUGGGAAGAGCUGAACUGUUCUUCGUUUUUUGACUUCACAGAGGCACAGAGCAGGAAGAAAGCAGGAUGUGGUAUUGCAUGCGUGCCAUAUAUAAGCGUUUGUGUGUAUAACAGGGGCUCUCAGGUGAGCAGGGUUAACUUGAAACCAACCUGUAAACUGACUCCAUGACACCAUUGUUUGCCGAUGCGUGUGUGCGAGGCAGUCACAUGCUGUGUAUGAGCGUGCACAUGUGUGUAUGUUAAGCUGCAAAUGACCAGGUGAAUAUACUGUCUGGUGUGUGCGUGUUUGUGACACCGGCGUCAGAGCAUACACAUAGGAGGAAGUGACACGUCUGUGCUCGCUCUCGGAUUUCCUGGUCCCCUCUCCGGUGGCACGCAAAGUGUUGAAUCCUCGCCCAGUUCACCUGUCUCGCCCUCACAGGUGGGACCUUAACUCUCCGGAUGCGCGAGCAGAGGAGCGCUGACUUUUUCUGGAUGAGUAAAGGACAGUUAGAUGCACGCAGACUCUGAUUGUGGCCGAGUGUCACAUCGGCCCUGCCUUUUUGGAAAAUAAACCAGCACUUCCUCAAGCCAGCGUCAUCGUGCUGCUCCGGUGCUGCACUUGUACCGGUGGCCAUCUCUGGACCUCUCCAUGACUGUCAACACAGUGCCGACCCCCUCCAUGACCAGCAGUAACAGCAUGAGCAGCGGGUACUGCAGCCUGGAUGAUGAGAGCGAAGACUUCAGUUUCUUCACAGCCAAGACCUCGUUCUUCGGCAAGCCCAAGCAUGCAGCUAAGCAGAAUGAAGCAAAGGAGGAAGAGGAGAGAGGAACAAAGGACCUGUCAGAGGACGAAGUGCGGACAAGGAUAGAAGAGUAUAACACUCAAAUCUCUGAAAAUGGCAUGAAACUGGCUUCAGACGGAUCCUACACAGGCUUCAUUAAGGUCCACCUGAGGCUCAGUCGACCAGUCACAGUCCCCGAUGUGAAGGCGAACAAUCAAGCACCGUCAGAGUGCCAGGAAGGCAAGGACUGUGGGCAGAGUGAAAAGAGAACAUCCUUCUACCUACCAUGCGAUUGUGUGAAGCAGCUCCACAUAAGCUCUCUGACCACCACCAGAGAGGUCAUCCAGGCCUUGCUGAAGAAAUUCAUGGUGUUGGACAAUCCCCGCAAGUUUGCACUGUACAGGCAGACGCACCGCGACGGGCAGGAUUUGUUCCAGAAGCUUCCUCUAUGUGAGCGUCCUCUUCUUCUGAGGUUGAUAGCUGGGCCUGACCCAGAGCAACUCAGCUUUGUCCUUAAGGAAAAUGAGACUGGAGAGGUGGAGUGGCAUGCAUUCUCUGUCCCUGAGCUACAAAACUUCCUGGUAAUCCUGGAGAAGGAGGAGUCGGAGCGUGUGCGGGCAGUGGAGCAAAAAUAUGCUCUGUACCGACAGAGACUACAACGGGCCCUUAAACAACAUGACCCCUAACACCUUACCUGUUACCUAAUGACCAGCCCAGGGAGAGACUGACCCAUUGACCCCUAAAGACCCCGUGACCUAGACAUACAGUACAUCCACACACAGAUGCAUACCCUUUCUCAGGACGCAUA